AUAUUUUUUUGGUACAUUAGGGGCCAAAGGCCCAGAAAGAAAAGCAAAAAGGAACCUAGCUCAGACUGCUAGAAAACAUUCUAGGGGGAGCUACAACAGCAAUGUCAUCAAGUAAAGUACCUGUAACCAUAGCAUGAGGUCUUCGGAGGAGACAAAUUCUAGGAGAAUUAGAGACACUGGCCUUGGCAAGAAUAUCAACUGCCAUAUUUCUUUCUCUAUGAACAUGUUGGACUUGAGACUAGUUGAAAUAUUUGACAGUGCAUGUGGUGGUGCUGGGGCUCCAAGGUUGUGUUUUGCUGGGCUCAGAUUUUUUUUUUUUUUUUUUUUUGGGGGGCUAGUAUGGUUUGGCUUCGGGUAUUGUAGCGGUGCUAAUUAGAGGCUUCAAUUCACUCCCAUUUUUGUUUUGGGUCUUUGUUCCUUGGUCGUUUUUUUUCUCUUGAAAGCUUGGUAGUUUAGUACAUUGUCGAAGUAUUCCAAUUUAACAAAAAAAAGUCUGUUGCCAAAAGUCUGGGUUAUUCCUUGUGCUCUCUUGAAGACUUGAUUACUUGAAGUGAGUCACUUCCUGCUACUCCGGUGAAACCUUAAAACACAGAAAGAGAGAAAUGGCGGCAACGAAGGGCAAGGUGGUUUACAACAUUUACAGAGCUUUGAGCCAUGGCCUGUCUCCAUUUCUCUGCCUCCACCUUCACUGGCGUAAACUCCGAGGCCUCGAGCACCCUCUCCGCUGGCCGGAACGCCUCGGCCGCCCCUCCCUCCCUCGCCCGCCGGGCCCACUCCUCUGGUUCCACGCCGUCUCAUUAGGUGAAGGAAUGUCGGCGAUUCCUGUCAUCAAAGAAUGCAUUCAGCGGAGGCCUGAUUUAACCAUUCUGAUGACCACUACCACAUCGUCUGCAUUUGAAGUAAUAAGGAAACGUCUUCCAGCUAGUGUGAUUCAUCAGUUUGCGCCGAUUGAUACCCCUUCUGCUAUGGACACAUUCAUUGGUCACUGGAAGCCAAAUGCAAUUGUGUUAAUGGAGAGUGAACUGUGGCCGAAUUUGAUCAUCGGUGCUUCAGAAAAGGGUAUCAUGCUGGCGUUGUUAAAUGCACGGGUAUCUACUAAAUCUUUUAAACGUUGGUCGGGACCAGUGCUUCUUCCACUUAUUUCGUUGAUGCUCUCAAAGUUUUCAUUGAUUGCUCCAUUGAGCACUAUGCAAGCAAUCCACUUUCAGCUACUGCAUGCCCCACCUUUUGUCAUCAACUUUUCUGGUGACCUGAAAUAUGUCGUUGAAGAAUUUGACAUGUGUGAGGGAGAGAUCAGAAGUAUAGAAGAUUUGACGGUACACCUUGCCCACAGGCAGGUUUGGAUGGCUUCUUCCAUACAUAAGGGGGAAGAAGAAGUAAUACUAGGCAUUCACAAAGUGCUCAUGCAAGAAUAUCCCGAUCUGUUCACAAUUAUUGUGCCUCGACAUCCACAGCAUGGAAAAGAGAUUGCUGAUAAAUUGUGGAGAGAAGGGCAUGGUGUAGCUUUGAGGUCUCAGCAUGAUAAACUUGUCAGAGGAACUAAUAUAUUGGUGGUGGACACAUUAGGUGAACUGAGACACUUGUAUAGGUUAACUCCAGUAGCUGUAAUUGGAGGUUCCUUCUUUCCUAGUCUUUCUGGUCACAACAUAUCAGAAGCUGCUGCAGCUGGCUGUGCCAUUUUGACUGGUCCACAUGUUGGGCAUUUUUCAUCCAUGGUACUGGAAAUGCAACAACUAAAUCCUCUGUCAGUCGUACAGGUUUCUGGUGGAUUGGAACUUGAAGAAGCUCUCAGAAAGUUAUUGAGUGAUGUUAAAAUUCUAGAAGAACAUCGAUUAGCUGCAAAACAAGUGUAUCAUGCUCUGUCAAGUGGAAUUGUUGGGAAUGUCUGGAAACUACUAGAUUUUCAUAUUCUCCAACGCGAUUUGAAUUUAAAAGGAAAUAAAGAUCAGCAUGCAAUAAUAGUAAAUUAGGGUAAAGUUCAUUUUACUACUCAUUUGUAUGCCUUAAAUUUAGUUAGCCUGGGUAUUGCUAUCAAAUUUUGUUUUUUCUAGGGGAUUUCUGGUUGUGGGCGUUAUUUUGUAUUUGUGUCCCCUCUCAUUAGGUAUAGAAUUUUUUUUAUUUUUUUUUCCUUACAAGGCAAAAAGAACGUUGACAAUGAAAAGAGUGGUUUUGUAAACAGGUAUGUGGCCUGUAUGUCAACUUUUGUAAAACAUAAAACAAUGGAAGGAUAAAUGUAAAACAAUAUACUGUUAUUUCCCAUGUGUUGGUUACCCACUUUGAUUUCUAGAAUCCAUGGAAUGAUUCAACUUAUUGAUACAAGUCUGGAACACAUUUCAUGCAUCCUAGUUCUAUUGCUA